AUGGAUGCUCAAAAUCAAACUGAUUUCCGCCGACUAAACUUCCCACUACAGCUGCUAGAAAAAAGAUCCGGUGGUGAAGGUGAAUCUCCGUCACCGGAAACGGUAGUCGCCGAAGACCUGCAAACUUGUCCUAAACCAAAACCACCAGCACCAAAAAGAGCUUCAACAAAGGACCGACACACUAAGGUUGAUGGCCGUGGCCGCCGGAUCCGCAUGCCGGCCACCUGCGCCGCUAGGGUCUUCCAGCUGACGCGUGAACUGGGACACAAAUCCGAUGGAGAAACGAUCGAGUGGCUGUUACAGCAGGCGGAACCUGCUGUAAUCGCGGCCACCGGAACCGGGACAAUUCCGGCUAACUUUACUUCCUUGAAUAUCUCUCUCCGGAGCUCAGGAUCCACCAUGUCGGCAGGACACACCUCUUACCUGAGAAACGGUUUCAGCUUCGUCACCAGUCAACCGAUGGCGCAGUAUUUGAAUUUUUCAACAUCCGCAGUCAAACAAGACUCGUCGUCCUGCUUAGAUCUGCGGAGUAUUCCGAUGGGUGUUGCAUCAAGUUACAUGAUGCAGUCGAGUUCAGGUUCGAUCCCGGCGAGUAACACUCAAACACCACCGCCGACGUCGUUUUUAAUGAUGGGAAACCCUAAUACAAACACAACUACCACCACUAGUUCUCACGCCAUUACCGGCGAUCCUACCUGGAAUUUUCCGUCAAGCAGUAACCACAUCACUAGUAAUAAUACUACUAACGAUGAUCAUGCGUAUAGAGGAGGUUUAGGGACUAAUAUCAGUAAUGGUGGUGGGUUACAUUAUAUGAAUUUUGGUACACCAAUGUCACUCUUUCAAGGGCAGCAGUACGGCGGCGGUACAGUGGCGCCAACCGAAGGACAUCUGGGGAUGCUGACGGCAUUGACCCCUUUCCGGCCGAUUUUCAGUAUGGGUGCUUCUGAUCAUCUCUUAAGCGGGUUGAAUCCGCAUGAUCGUGGUCAUGAUCAUCAUGAAACAAGCUCCAGCCAUCACUCUUAG